AUGGCGACGUGGAAGUCUCACUUUGCGCCGUCGAAAAUACUGUUCUAUGUGCUAUGGUGGACAUUUCACUGGGGCUUGUUUGCGCUGGGAUGGUGGAAGCAGGCAGAUGACCAGCGGCUGGCAGCCUUGAACACGCUCACCUUCUCCGUGUGGUCAUCUCGUGGAGCAGGUCUGGUACUGUCUGUGGAUGUGGCACUGAUUCUCUUGCCAAUGUGCCGUAAUCUGAUGAGGUUCGUCAGACCGAAGUUCAGAUGGCUGCCACUCGACGAAACGCAGUGGUUCCACCGGCAGUGUGCAUAUGCUAUCUUACUGUUUACCUGCAUCCAUGUGUUGGCUCAUUAUGUCAACUUCUUCAAUGUCGAGAAAGCUCAGUUGAGACCAGAGACAGCUCUCGAUAUCCACUACACCCAAGCCGGCGGCAUUACUGGACACAUCAUGUUACUCUGCAUGCUGUUGAUGUACACCACAGCACAUCACAAGAUACGACAACAAUCUUUCGAGACUUUCUGGUAUACUCAUCAUCUCUUCAUACCUUUCCUUCUGGCCAUGUAUACACACGCAGUCGGCUGCUUCGUCAGAGAUACCGCAGCUCCAUAUUCGCCGUUCGCAGGCGCCAACUUCUGGAACCACUGCAUUGGCUACGAAGGGUGGCGCUGGGAGCUCUGGGGCGGUGGCAUCUACCUCAUCGAGCGCAUCUGGCGAGAGAUUCGUGCCCGGCGUGAAACCAAGAUCUACAAAGUCAUCCGCCAUCCAUACGAUGCCAUGGAGAUCCAAUUCAAGAAGCCCAGCAUGAAAUACAAAGCUGGCCAGUGGCUCUUCCUCAAGAUGCCCUGCGUAUCCUCGACUCAAUGGCACCCCUUCACGAUCACGUCAUGUCCCUAUGACCCAUACAUCUCAGUGCACAUCCGCCAAGUUGGCGACUUCACUCGAGCCAUGGGCGAUGCUCUCGGCUGCGGUCCUGCCCAAGCUAAGGAAUACGACGGCCUCGAUCCAAAUGGCAUCUACGAAAUCGCCCUACAACAAGGCCAAGAAAUGCCAGCAAUUCAGAUCGACGGCCCAUACGGCGCACCAGCCGAAGACAUCUUCGACAACGAAGUGGCAGUCCUGAUCGGUACGGGCAUCGGCGUGACACCCUGGGCAUCCGUCCUGAAGCAGAUCUGGCACAUCCGCGCUGGCCCUAAUCCACCCCGCAAGCUUCGCAGAGUGGUGUUCAUCUGGGUGACUCGUAGCAUUGAGUCCUUCGAGUGGUUCCAGACUCUUCUUUCGAGUCUCGAAGCACAAUCUGCCGAUGCUGCGGAAGCCACCGGAGGCGCAGAGUUCCUCCGCAUCCAUACCUACUUGACGCAAAAGAUCGAUACAGACACAGCGGCCAACAUCUACCUCAAUACUGCAGGUUAUGAUCUCGAUCCGUUGACAGAACUACGUACGAAGACGCAGUUCGGCAGGCCGGAUUUUAGGCGCAUCUUCGCUGCGAUGCGAGAUGGCCUGAUGGAUCAAAGCUACCUAGAUUUCGGCCAGGGCAAACUCCAUGUCAACCAGAUGAAGGCACAAGUCGGUGUGUACUUCUGUGGACCUAGCGCAGCUGCGCGAGAGAUCAAGAGUGCUUGCAAAGGGACGAGCAACGAUAUGGUGAAGUUCAAGUUUUGGAAGGAGCAUUUUUAG